AGAUUAUGUACACAGUGAUGUUUUCCUAGUCCCUUUGAGCUCAAAAGAGAGUUUCAUCUGCCUGUGUACACACACAAGCCACGAUGGGGAGAGCCGUGGUGCAAAUGGCCCUGCUUGGGCUGCUGCUGGCCUCGGCCACCACACUGGCAGACAAGGCCGACUGGGACAUCUACAGCUUUCACAUCAACUCAACAGUGUCCAGUCGUUAUGCAACCACGGUCAUCACAAGCCGCGUGGCCAAUCGCAUGAACGACUCAAAGGAAAUAGAAUUUCACGUCCGGAUUCCCAAGAACGCCUUCAUCAGUAAAUUCAGAAUGCUCAUAGACGGACAAUUCUACGACGGCGUUGUGAAAGGCAAAGAGAAAGCGCAGCAGCAGUACACUGAAGCUGUGUCCCGUGGCCAAAGUGCCGGGCUCGUCAGUUCUGUUGGAAGGACAAUGGAGAAAUUCAAGACCUCUGUGACAUUGGCUGCUCACAAAAAGGUCACCUUUGAACUCACAUACGAGGAGCUGCUUAAACGGAGGCUCGGCAAGUACGAGCUGCAGAUCCACGCUCGACCCAUGCAGCCUGUCAAAGACUUCAAGGUUGAUGUGUACAUUAAUGAGAAAGCAGGCAUUAAUUUCAUGGAGGUCAAGGGAGGACUGAACACCAAAGCGCUGGCUAAUGCCAUCACCAGAACACAUUUAGACAAACAGGCAUGGGUGUAUUUCUACCCGACAGAGGACCAACAGAAAACAUGUGACAGCUGUGGAGAGCAGGGCAUGAAUGGAGAUCUGGUUAUUGUUUAUGAUGUCAACAGGAACCCAUCGCUUGGCGACAUCAAGAAAUCAGGUCGCUACUUUGUUCAUCACUUUGCGCCAUCGAAUCUUGCCAGCAUACCAAAAAAUGUUGUCUUCGUUAUCGACCAAAGUGGCUCAAUGCACGGCAGGAAAAUGCUCCAGACACGGAUAGCGUUGAUCCACAUCUUGAGUGACCUGGCGGAGGAGGACCACUUCGGUCUCAUCACUUUUGACAGCCAAGUUUUUCACUGGAAACGAGAACUUGUGCAGGCGACCAAGGGAAAUCUGGAGAGUGCCAAGACAUUCGCACGUCAAAUUGUCGAAAGAGGAUCCACCGACAUUAGCAGAGCCGUGUUGGAGGGAACACGUAUGCUGAAUGCACAUCCCAGAGAAGGUUCAGCGUCUCUCCUCAUACUUCUCACGGAUGGAGACCCUACCUCAGGAGAGACAAAUCCUGAGGUCAUCCAGUCAAAUGUCAGACGUGCCAUCGCGGGCAAAUUUCCUCUCUACUGCCUCGGUUUUGGUUUUGAUGUUAAUUUCGAGUUCCUGGAGAAGAUGUCGCUGCAGAACAAUGGUGUAGCACGGCGGAUCUAUGAAGACUCUGACGCUGAUUUGCAGCUGACGUGUCCAUACUGUAUAUCACAGGGUUUCUAUAACGAGGUGGCCACUCCUCUGCUGACGGAUGUGACAAUGAUCUACAAUGGUGGGGCCAAUCUUACAGAGACUAACUUCAGCCGAUACUAUAACGGCUCUGAGAUUGUUGUGGCCGGUCAGAUAACCGACAACGACAUCGAGACCUUCACUCCACAAGUUGUCGCCAUUUCAAGCAACAGAAGGGUGACGUUUUCUGACAUAAAUGCUACGGUGGAGUCGGUGGAAGAUGCGUCUGACAGCUCCAUCCAAAGGGUUUGGGCCUAUCUCACAGUCAAACAGCUUCUGGAGAAAGAGCUGGUGUUAUCUGGACCUGAGAAGGAGAACGCGAAGAAAGAGGCCUUGGACCUGUCGCUGAAGUACAGCUUUGUAACCCCACUCACGUCAAUGGUGGUCACAAAGCCGCAGGGAGAGAUCACAGAUGUGCUCCAUAAACCCAGGGAAGGGAAAAAUAAAGAGGGGAAAAGUCUUCACAGCAUGUCGCCUAGAAAGAGAAUGCAAAGUACCGUUUUUUCUACUUCACUAAUUGGUAUGCAUGGAUAUCGCGGUCCACCAAGAAUUCCACAAGUAGGACAUUUCUCCAUGUCUUCAGGUAGUUUCGGUGGAGGAUCAGGUUCACUAAAUAGGCUUAGAGGAUCAGGUACACGUAAUUGGCUCACAGGAUCAGCACAGGGAUUAAAGAAAUCCCAAUUAGCCGACGAUGAUCAUCAUGCUUUAUUGGUGUCUAAAGCAGAUGUACCUGAUUAUGGCAGCAUCGACAUACAACCCACUAUCGUGUCACCGAGGGCUACUGACGCUCCACUUUCUCACAGAUUUUUGCAAAAAACUGAAAAUCUGUCUCUUCCUCUGUGCUUUGAUGUCACUGGAAAUGUUCAGCUUAAACUACUUCACCAUCCCAGCGGGGAGCUGUUUGUGAAUGGUCAGCUUGAUUCAGUAGCGAAUGGAGGCUUUAGAAGGAUUACCAUUCUCUUGAAGACUGACCUGCGGGUUGAGAUUGACACUGAAAAAGUCCUUCUGAUAGAAGGACAGAGAAUUUCCGGCCUUGAUCGAUACAUUUCCAUCACAGUUGGAAGUUUGACAUUGUUUAGCCGGGAGAAGGAAAUAGACGUUGCUGUUGGAGACACACGCAUGGUCAUCUUAAUUCAUAAGGAGAAUGGCAAAGACUUCCUCUGGCCGAUUUUGAGACAGCGGCCGUUGGAUGACAACGUUUCAGGAAUUUUAGCUCUAAAACCAGCAGUUUAUGAGGAGGUGCAACAAAGUCCUUCAACAAGACUUAAGAUCAAAGGCCAGGACUAUGAUGCUUCCAGGGCCAGUGCUGUUGACUACAGUAUCAACCCUUCACCCAUAAAUGACUGCUGGCUCAUAUCUGCUGAGUCUGCCCUGCAGAGAAGCCUGGUGGAUUUCAUUGUUGCAUAAAUUUAACUGGGAACAAUGUUGAAUCACAUUUAAAGAUUUCAUUUGAAAUAAAAAUUUAAAAUAAAAAUGAGUCAAACACAUCACCACAAAGCCUCCAAACUAGAUUCCAUUCUCACCAUGUGACCUUUCCCACGCCCAUUUAUUUACUGUGAGAACAGAAAAUGAAAGAAGUGGAAUGUCACUCAACUGCUUACAAAAUGUAACGUUUGUUCAGUAGUAACAAGAGGCUUCGAAUGAUCUGUUUUAAUUGAUUCGUUAUUGAUCGUUAUUUGAGCUACCUGGUUAACAUUUGUACUUUCUACAUAUUUAAGUAUAUUCAAAUGUAACCAACGCACAGUGAGUCCAGUAAACAGAGGCAAAUUAAUCGAAAUAAAGGGAAAUUAACAAUGACACACAUCAAAUGCACACUUUGGAGAUGGUAGGCAAAUCCACUCUUGUACUGACAGCAAUAUAAUAAAUAUAAUGACGAUAAAGAUGAUGAUACACAGUAAGAGAACUACUCAUGGUGGAAGGGAGGCGAGGUGACGGUAGACCAGUGUUUGAUGUGUUGUUGAGUUAGUGUGGGUAAAUGUGUAACUUUUUUCCUAAAAAUUUACUUAGUGGUUUUGACGCCCAACAGGUAAUUCCGUGCGAUCACGUUCACAGUUGGCAGUACAGAUGGUUCAGAAAGAUAACGUUCGAUGUGCUUCACUUAUUGUUAAUUUACAGGUAGCACAAACAAAAGGAAAUGGUUGCUUGGUGUAAAGACAGAACUUAAGUAAAUAUUUUACCUUGUAAAAAUAAACUUCUCUACAUUGGUUUACAAAGUA